AUGGACCUAGAACCCGGUGUCUUGGAUAGCGUUCGCGCUGGUCCUUUCGGGAAGAUCUUCAGGCCGGACAAUUUUGUCUUUGGUCAGAGUGGUGCUGGAAAUAAUUGGGCUAAAGGCCACUACACGGAAGGUGCUGAGCUUAUCGACUCCGUUCUCGAUGUUGUUCGAAAGGAGGCCGAGAACUGUGACUGCCUUCAAGGUUUCCAAGUAUGUCACUCUCUUGGCGGUGGAACCGGCUCUGGAAUGGGAACCCUCCUAAUUUCCAAGAUGCGUGAAGAGUUCCCCGACAGGAUGAUGAUGACCUUCUCGGUGUUCCCUUCGCCGAAGGUUUCUGAUACCGUUGUAGAGCCAUACAACGCGACGCUUUCUGUCCAUCAACUGGUCGAGAAUGCGGAUGAGUGCAUGGUUCUUGACAACGAGGCGCUUUAUGACAUCUGCUUCCGAACUCUGAAGCUGGCUAAUCCGAGCUUUGGAGAUUUGAAUCAUCUUAUAUCUGCGACCAUGAGUGGGGUCACAUGCUGUCUUCGCUUCCCUGGACAGCUUAACUCCGACCUCAGGAAGCUUGCCGUCAACUUGAUUCCGUUCCCUCGUUUGCAUUUCUUCAUGGUUGGAUUCGCUCCUCUGACUUCUCGGGGUUCCCAGCAGUACAGGUCAUUGACGGUUCCUGAGCUCACUCAGCAGAUGUGGGAUGCGAAGAACAUGAUGUGCGCUGCAGAUCCACGCCAUGGUCGCUACUUGACUGCUUCAGCAGUGUUCAGGGGAAAAGUCAGCACGAAGGAGGUUGACGAACAGAUGCUGAAUAUUCAGAACAAGACCUCCUCCUACUUUGUGGAGUGGAUCCCCAACAACGUGAAGUCGAGUGUGUGCGACGUAGCUCCUACGGGACUCAAGAUGUCAUCCACGUUUAUUGGGAACUCCACCUCGAUCCAAGAAAUGUUCAAGAGGGUUGGUGAGCAGUUCACGGCCAUGUUCAGGAGGAAGGCCUUCUUGCAUUGGUACACAGGCGAAGGCAUGGAUGAGAUGGAGUUCACGGAAGCAGAGAGCAACAUGAACGACCUGGUUUCCGAGUACCAGCAGUAUCAGGAGGCGACGCUGGAUGAUACUCCUCUGGAUGAGGAAGAGCGUGAGUUUGAUGAUGCUUGA